CGCACGCACGCACGCACACACACACACACACACACACACACUUUUUCUCUCUCUCUUCCUCUCCUCAUAUAUACCGGCACCUGCACUGAGCAGCCUCCCUCACCAAGCCAGUGGAUCCCUUCACUUGACUAAUUAUCCCUGAAGUGCUGUUGAAGAUCAUCAUAUUUAGCUUGGAGUGCAGACAGAUAUAGACUAGGCUGGCUGGAGGCUGGGUGCCUGGUAGUGGGCAAGCUCUCCGUCUCUCUCUCUCUCUCUCUCUUUCUCUCUCUCUUUAAUUCACACUCAGUGCCGAGGACUUCUCAGUGGCGGAGCGGCGGAAGUGAGAGGUGGUUCUUUCGCUUUGAAAUAGACGAGCAGGGAAAAAAGGGGGAAGAAGCAGGGCAGAGAACACAAUAAAUCCACAGGAUGGGAGUCAGCCGCGGGAGUCGAUCCUCCUAGAGACAGAGACGUGAAGGAGGCAGUGGUCACUGUGCAGCAACGUGCAAAGAUUUAAGAUGAUUGACAGUCAGCUGUCAGCACAGAGGAGGGCGAUGAGGAACCUUCCUGAAGACCAAGGCCUGCAGAAGACCAGCACCUACAUCGUGCCCUGCUUCCUCUUUGUGGAGCUGGUCAUCAUGGCAGGGACCGUUCUUCUGGCGUACUACUUCGAGUACACGGACACGUUCCCCGUGCACAUCCAGGGCUUCUUCUGUUUCGACAAAGCCUACUCCAAGCCCUACCUAGGACCAGAGGACAACAGCAAGGCGCCACCCGUCCUUGUCUACUCGCUUGUCACCGCCAUCCCCACUGUGACGAUUCUGAUCGGAGAAGUGACCAGUUUCUUUGUGAAGACAGAGGGAGCUCAGGAGAAGACCAUAGUGACCGCUGACUGCUGUUAUUUCAACCCUCUCCUCCGCAGGAUCGUACGCUUUCUGGGUGUCUACUCUUUCGGCCUCUUUACCACCACCAUCUUUGCUAACGCUGGUCAGGUGGUGACAGGAAACCAGACGCCUCAUUUCCUGUCUGCCUGCAAGCCGAACUACACAGCUCUGGGGUGCCAGUCUCCACUGCAUUACAUCACUGAGCGCCGAGCCUGCACAGGAAACCCAUACGUGGUGGCGUCCGCCCGCAAAUCCUUCCCCUCCAAAGACGCAGCUCUCAGCUUUUAUUCAGCCAUCUACACAGUGAUGUAUGUGACGCUGGUGUUCCGGACCAAAGGGACCCGUCUGACCAAGCCCACCCUUUGCCUGGUGCUGCUCUCUCUGGCCGUGCUGGUGGGGGUGGUGAGGGUGACCGAACACAGAAACCACUGGAACGAUGUCCUGGCCGGCUUUGUCACUGGAGGGGCCAUCGCUGCCUUCCUGGUGUCAUGUGUGAUCAACAAUUUCCAGCCAACCCAGAUGGCGGGGCAGACUCCUCCACCUCCACAGCGCCCAGAGCCCUCUGUCGGGCUCCCCCUCCUCAGCCUGCCCCGUGUGGAGAGUCCACUCGAAAAGUUAAGUGGCCUCCAGGCUCCAGGGCUACCGUAUUCUGAGAUCACAUGACCAUCAGCCAAUCCCGUCCCCCGCCCCUCCCGAUGUGCUCCUCCCCUCGCGGCGUUGCCUCACCAGCGCAGUGUAGACCUGCCCUAUGAAUGCCCCCCGCCCUGCCCCGCCCACCCCAAAGGAAGACAUCAUCCUCUCCGUCGAGUCAAAUCAACCCAGGUGUGAAGGUGGUCCGCACACGGCGAGCCCGGUGGAUACCUGCAACUGUGAGGACCGCUACGAGAGGGAGACCUGUCCUUCUGUCCACUCUGUCAUCUGAGGGGGCCUCCCCUUUUCUUUCGGCUGUGAAAGACCCUAUAAAAGUCUUGCCAAAGCCAGAGGUGUCGAAGCAAUACUGUGCCCUACGCCCUUGUCCCAUGUUUCCACAAAGACUCAACAGUGACUUUGACUGUUGGCUAACGGUGACUUGAUGAAACACUUGAUCAAAACUUCUUUUUUUUAAUCAGCAGAGCUGAGGAUUUGGGGAUGGAAGAAAAUCCCAAUCACAAAUGGAUCGUCCUAAAAAAGACCGUAUUCUAACACUCAGGACAAUAAAAGGGGGAAAAAAUGAAAACACAAGACAGGAUUUGGAGGGAAAGAUACACCUCUAUCAAAUGAAAAAGCAGGCUCCGUCGUCAUUUGUCUGUCAUAAAGGACUAAAAGAGCCUCUGUCAAAGAGGAAAGAACUUUUUGCAAUCAUAGCACAGAUGAACCAAUUUAGCGUUCAGUAAACUGUGUUGUAUCUUACUUGUCUAGGGAAGCUGUUGGUUUGACCUCUUUCUGUAUUGUGUGAAUUGAUAGAAGGGAGAUUUACACACACCAGAGCUGUGUUUGUAAUACGACAUUCAGUUAAUUCAUCCCAGUAGAGAACUGAACUGGAUUUCCAACAACUUUUCCAAACAUUUUUUCUAGCUACUUACUAUUCAGGCGUGUGUGUGUGUGUGUGUGUGUGUGUGUGUGUGUGUGUGUGUGUGUGUGUGUGUUAUAAAUAUCUGUAAGUUCUAUGUCCAUGCUGUGAAAUAUUUAGAAAGUUUUAUUUUUUAAUUACUACCUGUUCUCAUGGAAUUUGUGUCAGUGUUAGUUUUCACUCUGAAGAAGGAAAAUUGCUUUCCAACUUUUUACUUAAUUUGGUAAUACUGAAAUGAAUUAAGUUUGCUCAACUUUAAGUUAACAAUUGAGUAAACUUGUUAACUUUAAGUUAAUUAAUUAAUCAAUUAAUUAAAACUUAAUUAAUUUGUGUAUUUCCAAUUGAAGUAUUUUCUUUUAAAUUGACGCAAUUUUCACUUUUCAGUGCCUAAAAUUUCACAUUCUCCCGUAUUCCCUUACACCCUGUCAUGCUCCCUCUUCUUUUUUCUUAUCAUCCAUAUUCCCUCUAUAUAAAUACAGGACACCAGAAUGAUGUGACUUACAUUUAUAUCUCACGCAGAUGUUGUUUCCAAAAUAAAUGUGUUAUGUAAGAUGGUAAUCACAUCAGUUGGCUGCAUCUGUCCUGGCCAGUUUGUCUUUGAUUUCCUCACGCUGACUAUAAAUCCAGUGGCACAGACCAGUGUGUGAUGGAGAGGUGAGAUCUGUGACUUUUGUAUAGUUUUGUACAGUAAAUAGGUUUCUUUACACAGUAUAUACCACAUUCUCAUUAUGUUUAAAUUGUGUGAACAGUUGUGUGAAGCUGCCUGGAGCUGUCUUGUGGGAACAUGAGUAGUUGCCUGAUCUAAAGCAGGAAUGUAGCGAAGAGGAGAAGUGUGUGAAACCUUUACAACAUGCAGCUGGUGUGUGUGGUGGCUCUGCUUUGGUUCUGCUCAGUUCAAAACGACACUACAGAUAGGUUAUACUAAUAGGAGAGUACACAGUGGGUUAUAUAAAGAAGACAUUGCCAUGGUUUUAUUAAGUGUGUGUGUGUGUGUGUGCGUGCGUGCGUGUGUGUGCGUGCGUGCGUGUGUGUGUGUGUGUGUGAGAGAGUGUGUGUGCUUAUUGGGAUCGGUGUGUAUGUUUAUGAUGAACACAUAUACGGCAGCGUAACUGUUAAUCUGGCAAUCGGUUUUCUGCUGCUAUAAUUACACACUUGUGUUUGUGUGUAGCUGCAGGCCUUCACAGGACCCCUGCCGAGGCGUCCCAACAAUGCCUGUUAUUGCAGAACCUGCUCAUUAUAGCUUGGAGAUUACCUACAUUUAAACUUUUCAUUCUGAAUCUUUUUGUAAACCCACCGAAGGGACAAGAGAACAACACAAGUGUCCGAAUGAUAUUGUUUUCAUGUUAAAAUGUCUUUGUUUUGUAUUUAUUUUCCAAAAUAAACUGCAGUUAACACACA